AUGAUUAUUCCCAUCCGAUGCUUCUCCUGUGGCAAGGUCACUGGCGAUCUCUGGGAGCGUUUCCUCAACCUUAUCGACAGUGGGAUGUCUGACGGAGAUGCUAUGGAUGCCCUUGGCUGCAAGAGGUAUUGCUGCCGCCGUAUGAUCAUGACACACGUUGAUCUGAUUGAAAAGCUGCUCAAAUAUUCGACCGAAGGCCGACACGACAAGAAGAUGAACCUAUCGCAUUCAUCAUGA